UCCAAAGAUAAAUAAGCGGACAAUAAUUUUUCGCACGGAUUUAGAUUCUAAAGAAUUUAAGAGAAAGAAUUUACUAGAAUUUUAUCAAGUAUACAUAUCAACUACUUUAUUACUUUCAGCAUAUAACGACUCGGAAUUGGAGUAGUCGGAGUGUCUAGUACAGGUUAAGAUAAACAUCUUUAGAAAUUUGAAAUAGUAGCAGAAACGCGAGUGUGUUCGAGAUAAUUGAAUUUUCUUGAACGAAUAAUUAGCCUUUUUCGUGUAUUUAACAAUUGGUGUAGUAUAAUAAAUAUCUGUAGGACUUGGUAGAGAUCUUUUCGAUCAUGGGAUCCAAUCAUGAUCAAACGUUUUUUCACAUACUUUGUGAAGAAAAAAACAUCAGUAACUUUUUGGACUCCUUUUUUGGAUUUUUACAUAGGUGCACAGACUUUUAUGUCGAAUCGAACUCGGAGCAAAAAUUGGGCUUUCCACCAGGAAUAGCAGAGAAACUUGUAUUAAAUACCAUGUACAAGUGGAAGAAUCCUACAUCUUUACAAAAGACAACAUUGUCUGUAAUUGAUAAUACAAACAGCAGUAGUACGUCAAACCAAUUAGUUUCGACGCAAAACGAGAAUUGCAGACUUAUACCACCAGUGGCGCAAGAAAUUGAAAUUGAUUCAUGCAAUAAAGCCAAUAAUAUUAAACCAUCCUCCAUACAAUCUAAGAUAGACCAUAUAUCGGACAGCUACAAUGGAGCUAUAAGAGAAAAUUAUACUUGGUCCCAGACUCUCAAUGAUUUGGAUGUAAUUGUAAAAAUACCAAAACAUAUAAAAGCAUCCAAAGAUACAGUCAAAGUUGACAUAAACUCAAAUGAAAUCAAGAUUGAUGGAAAGCCUUCUGUUUCAUCAACAAAUUCUAAAUGGGAGAACAUUUUCAAUGGCAAGUUUAGUUUUAAAAUUCGAAGAGAUGAAUCUAUAUGGAGCAUUGAAGCUGGGAAACAAAUUAGUAUUCAUCUUGAAAAAGCUAUGGAAAGAUGGUGGGAAGCCUUAAUUGUUGAUGAACCGAAAAUUGACUUAAACAAGAUUGACUGUUCGAAACAUUUUAACGAUAUGGCGCCAGAAGAACAAAUGAAAGUGCAAGAAUUAAUGUGGAAUCAACAACAGAAAAUCUUAGGCAAACCAACAUCUGAACAAAUUAAGAUGGAGGCUACCUUGAAGCAGGCGUGGAAUGCAAAGGGAUCACCUUUCCUGGGUACACCUUAUGAUCCUUCCAUUUUAAAGUACAAUUAA